UAUGUGGUGGCACUGAGGCUUUUUAUCUUCAUUGUGGUGUCCGGCGGCCAAAGCCUUCGUGGUAACUGUCGUCGGCACCGACUCUCUCUCGUUUCCGUGUCUUCGUGGUGUGCACACCGAAAUUCAUUUUUUGUUAGUUUACGUUAAAUUCACGUUUUGUUACAUUUUUACGUUUGUUGCUGUCUUCGUUGGUGAAUGUGAUUCGGUUGUCGCACGUACCAGACUGUGACAUUUUUAUUUUGUAUAAUUUUAAACACUGCAGUGUGCCGUCUAAGGCAAUUGUCGUCAUAGUUCUGGUGCGGUCGCGUCGGUAUAAAAUCCGCCACCAAUUACAGUCAUCUCAUUAUAGCAAGAUUCGAUAAUCUUUCUUGAGUCAUGAUUGAACGGAGAUAUGUUUUGAUUAAUUUAAGUUUACUGAAUGAUCUUUCCCCAGAUGCAACAGUUACAGGAAAAGUAUAAUCGCUUCUCCUUGAUACUUAAAACAUUCAAUUUCAUCCAGUAAUUCACUAUUAAGGUCUGAACUAUAUUUUAAAACCAGAUCAGCAGCGUGUUUUUUAAGAUCUUCAAUCGACAACGUAUUAAGAUGGAACCCAGAAAGAAAUUCAAAAUCGUUAGCAAUGUUCGACAAUGCUUCAAAACGCCAAGAUCACUUCACCAUUCACUAUGAAUUGUUGGGAAGCGACGUGAAACUACGGUGUUUGACCAAUGGUACGGACGUAAAAGCUUACAAAUGGGAUUUUGAAACCGGCAAGCACAAAACCAAUUCCACGAUCAUUGGAAACAAUACGAUUAACCUGUCGAUUUUGGGCUUGGAACCGGCUGAUAGCAAAAACUACACUUGCACACCAGAAACGGAUGACGCAAAAAAUGCCAAAACCAAUAAUUCUUACAGGCAUUACGUUAUAGCCGUCAGCAACCCCGUCUACGAGAUCCGUGGCACCGCGGUUUACAAGACCAGCAGCAGCAGCGUGUGCACACGCGAAAACGUCGAGCCCGUGCGAAAGCAGCUGCCCAACUUUGUGCGCGCGGAACUGUGUCCCGAGGGCUCGACCCGUUACGCGUGCAACAUCGUCAUCGAACCGCCGAAAUGCGCCGAAGACCAGUGCUUUUCCACGGGGACGAUAUCCCCCCGGUGGGUGAUGAAGGAGUACCGAGGGGCGAAAACGCUGGAAAUCAAACUACUGGUAACGUUCAACGAAAAAGCCGGUUUCCUGAACAGGAUCAGAACCAGCAGGAGAGGCCGGAACGCGCUGUGUUACCAACAAGCGUUGGCUAGAAUACUGAAAGUGUUGGCCGCGAACCUGAACAAAACGCUGACGGUCGAAAUCGUGUCCAAGUUCUCGCUGAUCGACACUCAUUUCGAGUCGGACCGCGGGCGUACCAAGGUGAAAACUUUCGUCGCCUGUGCGCCGGGAUUCGGCAUCCGGGAGGUGUUCUGCGGCGCGUGUCCACCUCACCAUUACAGCGCCAACGUGUCGGCUGACUGCUUGAAGUGUCCAAAAGGUUUUCACCAGCCGGUCGCCGGGUCGAAUAAGUGCCUGAAGUGCCCGCACCCGUUCGCCAGCGGAUGUUACAUGAGAGAAGUUCCAUCGUACAUUUUUUACGUGACGAUACUCGUCAUCUUCCUCGUUUUUGGUGUUUUCGUCGCGUCCUGUUUGUGCUGUUGUCGUGAAGAAAACGAAAAAAAUAUAAGAAUAAUACCAAGGAACAUCAGAAGAAAAUUCAAGAGAUCUAAAGGCUACGAUCUAAUGUGAUUUAAUGAAACGCACAUAGAGAAUCUGUAUCACAGAGGUGUACUUGCUCGUCUAUAAUAUUUUGUUCGUAUUUAUAUUAUACUAGUAAUUCAUAUUUUCUUGGAAAUAUUGAUGAGUAUUAUUAUUAAUAUUACGAUGUUAUAUCGAAUCACGAACAAAAUCUGGUUAUGUUGCUCGCGUUUAUUAUGAUUAUUAGAUUUCCAAUCGCGAUACGUGUAUUGUUCGAAAUCAAAUCGCACAGGGUAAGGAGUACGAUAUUGUACGCAACAAUAUGUAAUGUGUUUAGAGAACAAUAUACCUACGUAGCGUUUUGUUUUUUUU